GCGGUUGCAGCCCCGGCGACAAUGGCGCUGCACUGGGCUCUGUGUUCUCUGCUUGUGGCUCUGCUCAGCCGGGCCCGGGCGGACGCGGGCACAGAGGAGUAUCUGAAACGAGAGCACAGCUUGAUGAAACCCUACCAGGGUGUGGGAGCCACAGGUUCUAACACUCACUGGGACCUCCAGGGAAACACAAUGGUGACCUCCCAUUUUAUACGACUGACACCGGAUCUUCAGAGCAAACAGGGAGCGAUCUGGAAUCGUGUAGCCUGUUUAAUGCAAGACUGGGAGGUGCAGGUCCACUUCAAAAUUCAUGGCCAAGGGAAAAAAAAUCUGAAUGGUGACGGGUUUGCGAUAUGGUAUACCAAAGAUCGCAUGCAACCAGGUGCAGUGUUCGGAAGUAAGGAUCUGUUCUCCGGUCUGGGAAUAUUCAUGGAUACCUACCCCAAUGAGGAGAAACAGCAAGAGGCUAAGAAGAGAAGAUAUUCAUCUUCCAAUCAGCGAAUUUUCCCCUACAUCUCUGCAAUGGUGAACAACGGGAGCCUGUCGUACGAUCACUCGCGAGAUGGACGGCCCACCACCAUCGGAGGGUGCACUGCCCUCGUACGCAAUCUCAACCAUGACACCUUUGUGGUGAUCCGGUACCUCAAACGGAGGCUCACGGUCAUGAUCAACAUUGAAGGCAAGAACGAGUGGAAAGAUUGCAUUGACAUUCCUGGCGUCAAACUGCCUUUGGGUUAUUACUUUGGGAUCUCUUCAGCGACUGGUGAUUUGACAGAUAAUCAUGACGUUAUAUCGGUAAAAGUUUACCAGCUGACGGUGCAAAGAACGGCUGAGGAGACUGAAUUGGAUGACGUUGUGCUGGUUCCAAGUGUGGAUAACCUCAAGUUUCAAGACGAUGACCUGGAUUACGAACCGAUGAGUGGUUUAACCCUGUUCUUCAUCGUUUUCUUCUCCCUCGUUGGCCUGAUGGUGUUGGCUGUGAUCGGCAUCAUCGUGUUCCAGAAGUGGCAAGAACAGAGCCGCAAGCGUUUCUACUGAGGCCCAGCUGGGGGACCGAGGUUUCGGGCCCCAGCUUCGGGGGAGAGGGGUGAGAUUGAACACAGCGCAGGUUUAUUUCCCUCAUCUCCGGUGUCUUGGGAUCAUCGCCAGCUGUGAUUCUUCGAUCUUGUUUCCAAUUGUACUGAGGACAGAUUAGAAACAGUAUUGGAACUAGUUUACUGCUAGCUAAGAUCAUGGGACUGACUUGCAAUCAGUGAUCAGCAAAAAAAAAAUCCCCUUUAAUUGCAAGAGGUUUCAGCAAGAAGAAGACCCAAGAGGUGAAAGCUUUAUUGUUUCUGUUUUCAUCCCUCUAUCAGACACUACUGAUAUAUCUAAAAUGUCUUUCCUGUAUCUGUAUAUAUGUGUGUGUGUGUUAUAACAAGUCUUCGCAAUCUCACUUCCCUAACUUUCAAAUAAUCUUGCAGGGCUCCUCCAGACGAGACUGUGGCUGUUGCAGAGUUACAGCACAUGUUUGCAAGUUGGUCACAAGUCACUUGAAAAACAAAAGUUAAAUUGAGGAAGAAUAUCAUCUUGCGAAUUUUUCCCCUUUUUUUAAUUUUUAUAAAUCACUGAGGAUUUAGUCGCUAUUUGUACAGAGUGUGAGUUGUUUAAAAUUUCAGUUGUGAUUUACACCUUUUGAUUUUGGAGAAGGAUAGGAAGGGGGAUUUUGGGACAGUUGGUGAUCUGUUUGUGUAAGAGCGCUAACAAUGCCUUAGUUCAUUUCCUUUUUUGAAUCAGUUUGCAUCAAAAGUGCGACUGUCACAGAAAAACUGUUUGCUUUUCUUUACUCUGUGAACCUUACUGUCACGGUGCAGAAUGGAACUGCUGUGUUGAUGGGAUUUGUACACCUCGUUGGUGUCAGGCCGUAAAGGUGAGCUCACCCUUGUGAGGUUGGGGGUGUUCGGACAGUGCUGGGGCUGCAUGCCUUGUAAAGUACUAUCUUUAGCUAAGCCCUUGCCUUGUCGGGCAGUGGGCUGGUUGAAAAUUCCGGAACUACCAAAAACUAAGCUGCUGGGACCAGUCGGGUUUUGUCAGUCUGUGUGUUUGUAUGUUGGGUAUUUUGUGUUUCAGUUGGGUUAGCUUGUGGUUGCAUGCCCUCUUGUUCAAUGGCCCUUAAUCUUAAUGUGAAACCAUGAGGAUGAGGGGCUGAGAGAGAAUCAAUGUGCAUUUAAACUAAGUUUUUAAGUAGUUAGUUGCUGGCCGUCUGAAGAGGAGGGACGUUGCUUCUCUCUCUCUGUCUCUCGUCAGGGUUUUACUUUACCUGCACUUUUUGAUCCUUUUUUGUGUGUACUGCUGUACUUAUAAAUGUUCUGAACAAAGUGAGGGAGCCACGUUUGAAACUGGAUUGUAUGACCCUUCAGGAGGUGUACGUGCCCACAAACCUGCCUGAACAAGGGCCACAGUUUGCUGCUUGACAGCAUUGCUGAGGGGUGUAGUUGUGAAAUGGUGUGCGUUUGAGGAUGAGCGAAGGUAGAGUAUUGAUGGCAAUACAAUUCAUUCACUCUCAAUGGAGUGUUCCAUCACUCUGCCACAGGCAGCAAAAUGCAUUCAGUAUUUUGAAGGAGAUUUGCCUUUACAAUCGUUAAGUAAUCCCUCCUUCUCACAACCAUAAUCUGUCAGUUAAUGAUGUUGCAGUUCACACAUCCUAAAAAACAGAAUCUUGCAUGUUAUGCAAUGCAUUUUGCAACCUCAAAAUUACUCGAAAGGCACUGAAAUGCAGUUCUUUUUAACGCAGAUGUGGCAGCCUAUUUGCUCUCCACCAGGUCCCAACACCAACAAAACAAUAAUGACCAGAUAGCACUUCUUUUUUCCUGAGGUGCUGGUUGCGUGGCCCGGAUCCUCCGAGAGCAGGCAGAACUGUUUGACAACAGAAAGUUUAUCCCAAAGGAAUGGGACUGUAAGCUCAGAUUCUUCCAACACAGCUAACUUUGAGGUGCAAGUCUCCAAUCUAGUCUGCCGCAGUGUGCCCAGUUUGUGUCAUCUUUUGUUGUCGAAUGAACUCGGUGACCUCCUUUGGGGUGGAUGGGCAGAACAUAAAGGCAUAAAUUUGUUCGCUUCAAAGUAAAAGCAAGUGAGUCAGGGGAUUUGUGAGUUGCUUAUAGACAGAUGUGCGACAACAUAGCUGGAGUUGCUACUUGUUACAGGGUGCGGAGUCGGAGGCAGGGUGGGUUUACCUUAAUCCCAACUACAGUGGCUGUCCCUUGCUGAGUAUUAUACUUCAGUUAUACAAUGGUAGAUAGUCUGCAGACAAUGGAAACUGAGCCAACUGGUUACUGUAUUGCCGUAGCAGUGUUCACGAGGUGUUGGGCAAAAUACAAGCUUCUCUCUAAUGUAUUGACAACUUGAGUUGAGUUGAUUCAUAUCUAGUUUGUCACUGGAAUCGAUGAAAAUGCAAAUGUCAGCAUUAAAGUGUUUAUAACCACUGUACUAUUUUUGUUUAGUCUAUGGAUUUACAAGUGUUUGGAUCAAACAAAGUAGCAAAUAUCAGCUCUGCAGCUGUCUAAACAGACAGUACAGCUCCAAGUUGAAUAAUAUAUGAACUUGAUUGGGACGUACUGAGGUGACUAACUUUUUUUUUAAAAAACACCUCUUUGGAAUGAUCCAAACACCAGACCAAUGGCAAAUCUAGACAGGCAGGAAUAUUGAUGACUACUUUUGUUGGUGAACCUGUUAUCAGACCACUGUUCUCACAUGCUGCUGUUUAAAUAUCGUGAAAUAAAUCCCAUAAGAAAUUUCUGGAAAAAAACAAA